AAUCUGCUAAGAAGCCAACAACACCAACACCACCUUGAUACUCCGUAUAAUCUGCGACAGGCGGCUGGGAAGAAGAUCCAUCUCCCGACGAGGCCGUAUCUGUGUCCUCUCGUUUUGCGAUUUUUAUACCAUCAACACCAUAAUGAACUCCAACUGAGCAUUUACAGCCGCUUCAGCGCAUUGCCUUUUUCGAGUCUCAAGGCGACACAGUACUUCAUACCUCCCAUAAUUCCACUUACCACCCACAACCCACCACCCACAACCCAACUUUCACCUCACAACAUUAGCAUUCACGACGCCACGAAGAACGGACCUUCGGGUCAUUGGCGUAGGCCACAAUGCCGCCCCCGAAUUCGCAGGAUCCAUCGCAUCCUGCAACCCCUCCACAAUCCAUUCCACUACAGAAUCUAGAACCACCGCCCGAAUCGGUGGAUUUGGCUGAUGGACACCGGCACCAUACACGAGGGAGGAGUAUAUUGAGUGGUAUUUCCUCACGCCCGAGUAGUGGUGGUUAUGAGCGAGUGCAAACGGGCUCACCAAGUCGGACUGAGAGACCCGCGCGUGCCUCAAGGCCUCUGGUCUCAACCCAGUCGAGUAGGAUACACCAGAAUACCAAUUACAAUGAGGAACCCGAAACGUCCUCAUCUCCCGUAGAUACCACGUCAUUUGCAGCGGCAAUGGCAUUCACAGGACUCAGUGUACCCGAUAUCAGUAUCUCCCAAGUGCCUCAGCCUUCGCCGGCUCCAAGCACAUUUUCCCCCUUUGGUACCUCCUAUCCCAUGGACGAUAUGGAUCGCAUAUCUCCCUAUGGCGAUGCCAGUGAUGAAUAUUUUUCAAACCAGUCAAGUUACUUCCAUACGGAAGCUUCGGACAGCAUACCCCUUACCGACGCGAGCCACCUACAACCUAUAAGUGGGGCAUCUGGACACAUUCGAUCAGACAGCUUUCACAGCGUCAAUUUUGACUCAACCGAUCAGGUCCGACGGAGAAGCAAUAGAAAUAGUGAUGCCAUUGGACCUACUGAUCAAGGAUUGUCACCCAGGCCUGGCCGCUCGAGGGGCCAGAGCUAUGGAGCUUCACUUGCUCCUGACGCUCAAAGUCAUUCCAGAUCUCGUUCUCCUUCCACAACCUCUGGCGCUUUUUUGAGGGCCGGCUCAAUUGUCAGAGCCAUGUCACAGCGUGUCGUCAACAUAAGUGGAGAAGCAGAGCUCAUUGAAUCUGCUGCUCGCCGAGAGUCGGCUGCCAAAGCCUAUCCGAUACAAAGGCAGCCCAGUCUUUCCACUUUGGCCAGUCUAAGCGACGAAGAGGAGAUUCGGUUUCAGCCAAAACGUAAAAAGGACCCAUUAGCAGCCGGUCCCAAUCCCCAGGCCCAAUUGCCCACUGCACCCGUUGAGAAAGCAAUGAAAUUUUUCGUCAAGGGCGAGCCACAACAGUCUUUGGAGGAAGAAAUAGAAAAGCCGCCUAAUCCUCUGAGGGGCAGAUCUCUGGGCAUCUUUACAUCCGAUAGCAAAGUGAGGAAUUGGUUAUGUGACGUACUGGUAUAUCCCCUCACAGAACCAAUCAUCCUAAUACUUAUCAUGGUUCAAACCGUACUGCUGGCGGUAGAAUCCUCCAGAAGUGUAUUUGAUGCUGGUCAUGGUCGACCUGAUCGAUGGGGUCGCAGCCACAUAGAUUUGGCUAUUUUUGGAUUGUUUGUCAUUUUCACACUUGAACUCAUUGCUCGAAUCGUCGUGUCAGGUUUCAUUCUAAAUGCACCCGAGUACAGCUCAACUAAGGGCAAGGUUGGGGCGAAGGCUAUUAUUUUAGACAAGUACCGCAGCGUUUUUAAACCACAGCGUGAAUCUUCUACCAGGGGAACUCGUCCUUCGCCGUCCCUUAGCGCCCCAACUAUUGUCCGCUCUUUUACUGCUAUACAGGGAGACAAAGUGAGGACAGUUGAACAAGCGCAACGGCUCCAGCUAGCAAGGCGUGCAUUCUUACGCCACGGUUUCAACAGACUUGAUUUUGUGGCUGUUUGUGCAUACUGGGUCUCGUUCGUUUUGUCAAUCACAGGAAUAGAGUCAGGUCGACACAUGUAUGUUUUUAGGAUGCUUAGCUGUUUGCGGAUUCUGCGACUCCUGGCUCUCACACAUGGCACCGCAGUACGUAUGAUAUCUCAAUCCACUCCCCUUACCUACUAACCACCCAUAUUAGGUAAUUCUUAGAAGUUUAAAGAAGGCUGCGCCGUUGCUGGUUAAUGUAUCAUUUCUAAUCGGAUUCUUCUGGCUCUUGUUUGCUGUUAUUGGCGUACAAAGUUUCAAAUCAAGUUUGGACCGACAAUGUGUCUGGGUUGAUCCUACAGAUCCCUUCAACAAUAGCAGCACAGCAUGGGUGGAUAGCGGACAAUACUGUGGCGGCCAGUUCAAUUCUUUAGGAGAACACGAGGUCUGGAGGUAUCGACCAGAUAAUAGCAGCGUCGCGCUCAAUGCCACAAGACCCUCGGACAGCGCUAUAAAAGGCUAUCUAUGCCCCCAAGGUUCAUAUUGCAUCGAGCUCGACCACAAAACUCUACCGUUCAAUGGGACGAUAAGUUUCGAUAACAUAUUUCAGUCGCUUGAACUGGUUUUUGUCAUCAUGACUGCGAACACCUACACGGACUUGAUGUAUUAUACCAUGGACUCGGAUUACCUGGCUACUGCUCUCUUCUUCGCAGGCGGCAUCAUGAUCAUGAUGCUUUGGUUACUCAAUUUGCUUAUUGCUGUCAUAACUUCGUCAUUCCAAGUAAUUCGAGAAGAAGGCAAAGCCAGUGCAUUCGCUGCUCGUGUCAAAGACAUGCUACCAACGAAUGCCCCUGUCCCAUCACCCCGCUUCAAUCAGUUCAAACGGUUGUUUGACAAAACAAAAUGGUUUUGGUUGCUCUGUAUUUCCUACGACCUCAUUGUCCAAGCUUCCCGAAGCUCAACAAUGCCUCCCAGUAGAGGGAGAUUCAUUGACAAUUCCGAGGUUGUCGUGACCUUUAUCCUCUUUAUUGAAAUAGUUCUCCGAUUUGCAGUGGACUGGCGGGGGUUUACGAGGAAUAAGUUGAACUGGUUGGAUUUCGGACUUGCCGUUAUUACAAUGGUGAUACUAAUUCCGCCUAUUCAUACCUCCGGGACGCCUUACGCAUGGUUGACGAUUUUUCAACUUAUUAGAGUCUAUCGCAUCAUUAUUGCGGUACCAGUUACGAGACAGCUGAUCACGCUUGUUUUGGGAAACGCCAGUGGUAUUGGUAACCUUAUGUUGUUCGUGUUUCUCAUCACCUUCCUGAUAUCCAUAUUUGCUGUCCAGCUAUUUCGUGGUGAACUGCCAGCGCAGGAUGAUUCUGGAAACGACAUUAUUGCGUCCUUUUUCACGAUUUACAACGCUUUCCUUGCAAUGUAUCAAAUCUUAUCGAGUGAAAAUUGGACAAGUAUUCUUUACAGCGUAACUGGAGCCGGGAGGUCUAGAGAUAAUGCAUGGAUUGGCGCUGCGUUUCUUAUCGGGUGGUUCAUUCUGGCAAACUUUAUCCUGGUAAAUAUGUUCAUAGCGGUCAUCCAAGAAAAUUUCGACGUCUCGGAGGAUGAAAAGCGCAUGCAUCAGGUCAAGGCUUUUCUCAACAGAAAAGAGCUUGGUAGCAACUCGAGCAAUCUGUCGCUCUCUGCCAUCUUUCGGUUUGGCAAAUCGAGGAAAACCAAGGAUCCACUGGAUUAUGGCCCAGCUACCAUGGAAAUGCUUCUAAAAGACAAAGUAGUGAAAGAUUUUCUCGAUGAUGAGAUUCAUGCCGCUGAGCAAACUCCCGCAGUCCCGGACACUUUGCCAACCGACGAAAAUGCUCCUUCGACUGCCGGAUUCUUUACGAGACUCAGAAGCAAAUUCAAGAAUCGGAUCUGGAAUCGAGAACCAAAUCCAUUUUAUUCGAACAUUCAGUUGUCAAGUCGUGCAGACGACACGAUGGAUGCAAGAACCCUAGCUAAGGAAGCGGUAUCUGCAACUUCACAGAGAAAGAAAGCACAGAGAGAGUUCUUGGCUAGGCACCCUACCUAUAAUAAUGCCUUGUUUAUUCUGACACCUACAAACCCUAUCCGACAUUUUUGUCAGAGGAUUGUAGGCCCUGGUCGAGGAGGCGAGCGAAUAGAUGGCGUAGAGCCAAAUAGGGUUGUUUGGUAUGCCUUCUCUGCCUUCAUAUACGCUGCUAUCGUAGCAAUGGUUCUACUUGCUUGCGUGACUACACCUCUUUAUCAAAAGGAAUAUUUUCAGACCCAUACGUUCAGUGUCAGGAACUGGUUUGUAUGGGUCGAUAUGUCUUUUGCUGUUGUGUUCUCGGUUGAGGCGCUGAUAAAAGUUCUUGCGGAUGGGCUUUUCUGGACUCCGAACGCAUACUUCAGAAGCUCAUGGGGUAUGAUAGAUGGAGUUGUUUUGAUAACAUUCUGGAUCAAUGUUAUUACCUCGCUCAUGGGUGAUGGAGAGGUUUCACGAGCGGUUGGGGCUUUUAAAGCUCUGCGAGCAUUACGGUUAUUGAACGUUAGUGACAGCGCCAGGGAGACCUUCCAUUCGCUAAUCGUUGUUGGGUUCUCGAAAUUCUUUUCGGUAAAUACUUCCCCGCCUUCGUCUCUCUUAUGUUCACUGACAAUUCUUAGGCUGCCUUUGUGUCUCUCUCUCUCUUGAUCCCUUUCGCUGUGUACGGCGUCAACUUGUUCAAUGGCCGCCUAGUUUCUUGCAACGAUAGCAAUUUUCCCGGUGGCAGUAAUCUAAAUGAUUGUUUUGGCGAAUAUCAGGCCAAUCCGUUCAGCGAGAACUGGCCCAUAAUCCAACCUCGCGUAGCGGCCAACCAAUUCUUUGACUUCGAUGAUUUCGGCAGUUCCUUAAUCAUUCUCUUCCAGAUCGUUUCUCAAGAAGGUUGGGUGGAUGUCAUGUCGGCUGCUGAAAGUAUUGUUGGCCCUGGACUUCAGCCUCAGUUCCAAACUUCUCAAGGAAAUGCAGUCUUUUUUGUCAUAUUCAAUAUCCUUGCUACCGUCUUCGUACUUACGCUGUUCAUCUCGGUUUUCAUGCGAAAUUAUACAGAGCAAACAGGGGUUGCGUUCUUGACAGCCGAACAAAGAUCAUGGCUGGAACUAAGAAAGCUCCUCAAACAAGUGUCUCCUUCGAAAAGACCGUCAACGACUGCUACUAGCAAUUGGAAAGACUGGUGCUACAAAAGGGCUGUUAGAAAGCAUGGGAGAUGGCAGAGGUGUGUAACAAUCGCUCUUGUACUACAUCUCGUCAUCCUCUUGGUUGAAUACUACCCAGAACCAGCUGGCUGGGAUACGGCUCGGAAUUUUGUCUUCCUCGCCUUUACAGCUUUCUAUCUGGCGAAUAUUAUGGUACGAAUCGUUGGUCUCAGCUGGUCAAGAUUCCGUCGGAGUGCCUGGGAUGUCUUCUCCAUCGUCGCCGUUGUGGGAACACUUAUUUCCACCAUAGUCCUUCUGAUGGAUAUCAAAAAACAGCUUUACAUUCAACUGCACAAGCUCUUUCUGGUUUCAAUAGUCCUUCUCUUAAUUCCACGAAACGACGCCCUAGAUCAGCUUUUCAAGACAGCAGCUGCUAGUCUGACAAAUAUUGGGAAUCUCUUGGCAACCUGGUUUGUCUUUUUCCUUGUCUUUGCCAUAGCCAUGACCCAGACUUUUGGCCUCACUCGAUUUGCCAGUCAGGAAACUGGGAACCUAAACUUCAGAACAGUCCCCAAGGCACUGAUCCUGCUGUUCAAAAUGUCGACUGGUGAAGGAUGGAAUGAAAUUAUGGAAGAUUUUGCAGGAGUAGAACCACCAUUCUGCACCAAGGAUACUGCAAGUUUUUUUAAUAGCGACUGUGGAAGCACCAAUUGGGCUCGGGCACUCUUCAUUGCUUGGAAUAUUCUGAGCAUGUAUAUCUUCACAAGUUUGUUCGUGUCUUUGAUAUACGAGAGUUUCAGUUAUGUUUAUCAACAUUCUAGUGGCCUCGGAAAAGUCAGCAGAGAGGAAAUUCGCCGUUUCAAGCAAGCCUGGGCUACACUGGAUCCCGAAGGAACAGGCUUCAUAACCAAAGAACAAUUUCCUCGACUACUCGGAGAACUAUCCGGUGUGUUUGAGAUGCGGAUAUACGACCAAGAACAUUCUGUUCGCAGUAUCUUGGAAGAUAUUCAGGCGCAGCCUAGUUCUGGUAGGAUCUCUGCGAUGACCGGGUCUGCCGGAUCAAGUGGGGUCAAUCUGAAGGCACUGAACAAACGUCUCGCUAUGAUUGACCACCAAAAAGUUCGAAUCGCGAGGGCGCGCUAUAAUUUGUUCUAUGAGGAAGUCAUGGUAUCAGCAGAGGUAGAUGUGGGAAUAUCAUUUACAACCGUUUUGAUGAUUCUUGCUCAUUACAAUGUCAUCAGCGAUAGCAAGAGCUUAAAGUAAGUCAAUCCAACGAGAAUAUCGUUCAAUAUGUCUGACCCUCUUAGGCUCGAGGAAUUCUUACGCCGUCGCGCCCGACUCCAACGCGUAGAAGAAGAGAUACGCAGGCGGAUUGUGUUGGGCUUUUUCGAUACCAUGUAAGAAUGACCGGCUGAAAAUCUCAACUAUUGCUUGCUAACAAUACAUGUUUAGGUACUGGUCACGUAGAUUCAGGAAACACCUGGAAAAGAAACGCUCGGGACGCAUGACAGAUGUACCACAACUUGGUCCUGAGGUUUAUGUGGAUGACGAAGAGGAGAUUGCGAGGAAAGCAAAAGCAAAAGCGCAUGCAUCAUCACGACUUUCACCUAUGGAUAUUGUAGAUCCCCGCAGUUCUUUCAUUACACACGGUUUGGAUGGCGCUUAUCGAAAUCGCAUGACCGAGUCGUUCUCCAGCGCCGGCGGUCCUCUCUCGCCCUCCAGCCCAUGGCCGGCAAGCCCAGGGAGGUCACCGCAGCGAUCACCACAACUUUCACCACAUCGACCGACCAACUCAAAUUUCAGUUUCGAAGAAAAUCAACAGCAGCUUUCUGCCCCCAAUUCGGCUACAAGCAGCAGGCGUGGAAGUGCUGUCAGCGCUGAGAAUGUUCUCGAAGUACUUGAGACCUCAGCGUGGGGAGAGAGCAUCAGGCGGAGUUUCACGACGAGACGACCCGAUCGAAGGGAAGGCACUUGAGAGGAGAAACCUAGAUAACAUACAGAACUUUUCUAAAGAUAUUUCAUCAUUCAUCAAUUGGAAAAGGCAGACCAAUGGAAUGCUAUUCUGCGAAACGUUGGGGAAAACGUCAACAAGAUCCGUGCGGCUGGCAUAGAAGGGAAGGUUUUGGGAGGGACUUGGGUUAAUGAACAUCACGGCCUCAUGAUGACUUUUCUUGUUUCGAUCAGUAGAGGUAUGUAAAUAGAAAUAGGGCGACGGGGUUAUUUGGAACCUCAAAUAUGGUGAUGGGGUUAUUUGGAACCUCAAAUAUGGUGAUGGGGCGGUUUUAUGUAUGAUGUGUAUCAAUUGAGCCGGUUUUGGGCUGGCCUGGGCAUUUCCCUUGUUAGGAAGGGAUGGGACAGGCGAAUUAGAUGGGAGGGACCUUUUCUCAGUAUAUUUGUUGCAUAGCCUAGGGAGUUUGUUGGGUGGUUAGAGAGAGGGAUCGAGAUCACCUUUCGAUUAGAACAUAAUAUUUAUGAAACAAUUUUUCGAAAUGA